AUGUCCAUCCCCGCUGGACACAACCAAGACGUAGGACUAUGUGCCUUCUGUGCGCCUGGAAUUUGGAGUGCUAUGAACGGCCUUGGAGUGGGCGGAUCUCAGAGCCCAGAUUUAGUCAAUGCAGCCAACGCUUUACUAUACGCUUUCAUGACUGUGACAUGUUUCGCAGGGCCUUGGCUCUCAAACGCAAUCGGCUUCCGCUGGACCCUCACUGUGGGAUCACUUGGGUAUCCGUUAUACGCAGCGGGUUUGUAUUUGAACAAUCGCACUGGCGCGACUUGGCUUGUGUACCUCGGGUCUGUGAGCUGUGGUAUCACUGCCGGUUUCUUUUGGUCUGUUGAGGGUGCUAUCGCUACCGGCUACCCCGAGAGACACAAAACCGGUCGUUAUAUUGCAACCUGGUUUACCUUCAGAAAUCUGGGCAAUGUGAUCGGCGGAGGAGUAUCCCUCGGCAUAAACCAUAGUGUCAACCACCGUGGACAGGUCGGAUACCAAACUUAUCUUGCAUUUAUCGCUAUCCAGUGUUUGGGAUUGGUCAUCGGCCCUUUUUUGUCAAACCCGGAAAAGGUGCAAAGAGAUGACGGCACUCGCAUCGAGGCACCCAAGGGUAUCCAUUGGCGAGAAGAACUCCGUAUAAUGUGGCGACUAGCAAGGAGCAAAUCGAUUUUGCUUCUAGUUCCACUAUUUUGGUAUUUUGGGUGGAUUCAAGCUUACCCCGGGACUUAUCUUGCUACUUAUUUCACCGUGCGCUCACGCGCUCUUGGAAGCUUCAUGUCUGCAAUCGUCGGAACACUCGCAACCUGGUUAGGCGGCUCAAUGGUCGACUUACCUUGGUUGAGAAAUCGCAAGCAUCGAGCUAUCAUCACCUUCGCACUGAUUGCUGCAAUGAAUAGCGCUACCUGGAUCUGGGCUGUCAUCAUCCAAAACGAGUACCGGCAUACCAAUCCUGUGCUGGACUGGGGAAACCAAAGAGCCUUUGGUCGUGGGUUUGGCUUAUAUUUAUUCGAGCGUAUCAGUCUCGGGUUGGUCGAGAAUUAUAUCUAUUGGUGCAUUGGAAAUCUGUCGGAUUCACCAGGUGAUCAAAUACGAUACAGCUCUUUGCUGAGAGGAAUUGAGACCGCUGGGGUUGCUGUUGGAUUUGGGAUACAGGCUGUUCCGACUGCGUUGAUUGCAACCGCUUGUAUCAACCUGGGUUUGUGGUUUAUUGCUCUGCCAUUUAGUUAUUAUGCUACUCUCCAGGUAGUUCGCAAGUUUGACUCGACCAAAAAUUGA